GUUUCUGCCGAUUUAUUUUCUAACUCCUCUGUUCUACUCAAAACCCUAACCAGCUAAAUCAGACAUGUAUUAAUGUAUGUACUGAUUGAUUAUUUCAGAUUCACAGUAUCUCGAUCUCUCAGGUCCCAACAGAGUGAAAAGGACAGAACAAGGAUUGGUGUAAAUUUAGAGUUUCUCAUUUACCCUAUCAGAUAUGAUUCAAUCCAAUUUCCUCUUUUUUGGGACGGCAUUUGUUCUUUUACAAUUGCUUCCAGGAGUUGUAGGUUGGGGAAAGGAAGGCCACUAUGCAGUUUGCAAGAUAGCGGAGGGGCUACUUACUGAAGAUGCUGCUGCUGCUGUGAAAAUGUUGCUCCCUGAGAUUGCUAAAGGAGAACUUGCUGCUGUAUGCUCCUGGGCGGAUGAGAUUCGUGUUCAUUACAGCUGGAGCGGAGAACUGCACUUUGUUAACACACCAGAGUUCAGGUGUAACUAUGAAUACUGUCGAGAUUGCCAUAACUCAAGUGGAGAUAAAGAUAGGUGUGUCAUCGGCGGAAUUAACAACUAUACCAUGCAGCUACGGAAUUAUCAGUGCUCCACUUCAGAACGGAAAUACACAGAUAAUUUGACGGAAGCACUCAUGUUCCUGUCACAUUUUAUCGGGGAUGCCCAUCAGCCUUUACAUGCUGGUUUCCGUGGAGAUUUAGGUGGAAACACUAUAUCUGUCCACUGGUUUGGACUGCAAACCAACUUGCAUCGUGUAUGGGAUAACAUGAUUAUUGAAACGGCCAUGAAGUCUUUCUACAACUCUGAUCUUGCAAUCAUGAUAGAAUCCAUUUAUAAGAAUAUUACGGACACUUGGUCAGAAGACAUCAUCUCGUGGGAAAAUUGCACCUCAAUCAAUACCGUUUGUCCAGACCCGUAUGCUUCUGAAAGUAUUGAUUUGGCUUGCAAAUAUGCGUACAAGGGCGCUACACCAGGAAGCACUUUGUCAGAUGAAUACUUCCUUUCGAGGUUGCCCAUUGUGGAGAAAAGGCUAGCACAAGCUGGAGUCCGCUUAGCCAGUACCCUCAACCGCAUAUUCAAAACUCAGACGUUGAUCUCGGAAGCUUGAAGCAUGGAAAGUUCAUUUCUUUAUGGAGAGGAGUGGGAGAGAAACCUACAAAACUUGAACUUACCUGUACGUCAAAUUCACCAACCUAUAGAGUGUUGUGUUUAAAUUCUUUCAGAACAAGCCGUAAUUUGUAGAUAUACUAUCUAGUCCGGGAGUUAUAACCCCAAAGGCGUCACUAUCCAUGCACAAAAACUCCAACAAAGUCACAACAAAUUGUUCACAAAAAUCCCAUUUAACAU